AACAGAGCGACGAAUUUUCGUGCAAGUGCAUCUGUGGCGCUGCAUCGUUAUUGUUCAACCAACUCUCGUGCUGGACGGAUGCGCUCGCCUUACCUUCCUGCAGUGACUCUGUGUCAUCGCCUGUGCGAGGAACUGUCGAGUAUCUUCUAACCAAGGGAGUGUGUCUUCUCCCAUCAGCCCUCCUGUCAGCCUUUGCCGUCAACUAUUUCUGUUGUUAAGGAACGCUAAACACACACACCACACACAAAAAGCCCCUUUAUGUAAACAUAUAAAACUUAAAACAAUAAUCAGAACAAUCACGAAAGUGCCGCUUUUAUUAAGAGAACAAACAAAUCGUCUACAGCACCAUGCUACAAAACAGUGCCUACGGGACACCGUUGCUGGACGGCAAACCGGUGCUGCCUGAGAUUAACUCCCAUCAUCAAACAGUGGACAAACUGGACAUCGUCGCAGAACCUCAACAGCUCACGAUCUGUAACAACAAUAAUGCGAACAUUGCCAAUCGCAACAGCACCAGUAUCGUCGCACCUCCAAGAUAUGCCGUCGAGACACCAGCUCCAACCGUCGGACGCGAUGGCUGGUAUGGCCGUCUGUUGGACCACACAAACUACACACGGCACACGCCGGAACCAGCAGCGCACGAUGUUCAACCAUUAAAGACCGAGGACAACACAUCACAGCGCAACGACGAAAUUACUCCGAAUGCUGCCGAUGGUGAGGAGCUGCUUUUUGGCACGUGCCAGCAGCACAUGGUGCCACACGCCCAAACGCCGGCCGAAGAAGUCACACAACCGCAAGACAACAUCGCGGCUGCUGUGGCGUGCAGUCCGAAGAAGAAGGUAGGACAGCGGCGGCCAAUGAAUGCGUUCCUCCUUUUUUGUAAACGGCAUCGGUCAGUGUUGAAGGAACACUAUCCGGAGGAAAACAGGGCAAUCACAAAAAAGCUUGGCAAAUGGUGGAAAAAUGCAACAGCGGAACAGAAAAAACCCUACCAGCUGCUGGCGGAAAAGAACAAAACUAAGUUUUUGGACGUAAAUCCCGGUUUCCGGUGGUGCAAAAGUUCCACCAUGGCGUCGUGUGACAAAAACGUUGAUGGUGAACCAGUUUUGAGCGAAGGAAAGACUGAGCCAAUGGAGACCGAACCGGAGGCAACCAUAUCGCCUGCUCAUUUGGAGGCGGCCCAAGCUUUGGUGAGCUUGCGUGGAAGCGUCGAGGAUCGCCGUCCGCUCACUACGUUCAAGCUGGCGGAUGAUUCGGACAUGGGAAGCUUAAACAAACUGUGCGUCGAAACGCGACAGUGCGGUGAUAGAGCAGAUGCGGGACAGCCUUGGAAGCCACGAUACAACCGAGUUGCCGAAUCAGAUCAAUGUUCCACUGGUGUUGGUAAUGUCCCGGAUCAGGUUACUGAUGGUACCGAAAGCACAACUCGUGCUGCUAGGUCUUGUAAGGCCAAGUGGUACUAUGACUUUAUGAGUCAUAUGUACCCGAGCAUGCAGACCAAACGUGCCACUAGCGCGAAGAAAACGCAGAAGGCGCACACUGAUCGUACCAGCCGCGAUCGCGAGUCAAAUACGGGAUGUCUAGUGGAACCCACAGAUGUAGAGGCAUUGAUCGGAAACUUGGACCGGGAACUAGAAAAAGAGCUUAUGAGCAUACCCGCGCUUAGUAUCGAUCUUUUCCGUGCCAUUCAGAACAACGAAAAAAGAACAUAUCUUCCCUACCAUCUAGAGUCUGGCUCCAAAGCUUCACUAAAGAUUUGCAACCUGCCAUCGCCUCCGGUAGCCGCGAUAUGUACAACGAUCAAUACAAACGACAAUACAAUGUCUACGCCGGAAAACCGGAUUUCUGUGGUGCCAUCGACCGUGCAACCGGUACCACCACCAUCCACCAAACCCGUCGGUUGUCGGAAGCGGAAGCCACCGCGAGAAAGCAUAACCCGGUAUGUCCUACCCACGACUGACCAAAGAUAGAGGUACCUGCCCAAUUCGUUUGGUGAAGAUCUUGAUCUCCGAUCUCCCUUUCCGGAUCUCGGCUAGGACGGAAAACAUGGCUUACGUUGUUUGUUUUUUUUUUUCCUGUAAGACUAAGCAUACUAGUUAAGCACAAAAGUAUUGCGGUAAGAGCUACAAUCGAAUGCCUGUUAACUUUGCUACCUGGACAAAUAUGGUGGGCAUCGUUUUGUUCCGGUUUUGUUCAUGGAUUGUUUUCUCGGAUUGUUAUAAGUUCCGCGCCCAGUCCUUAAAAUCCACCGGUAAUUUAGUUCGGGAACAAAACGAUAUCCUUAUUUGCUUACUCAGUUAGGACUAAGGGCUCUAGAAACCUUAGAUUAAGGGACGUAAUAAGAGAUAGACUAAGACGCGUAAAGGAAAAGGAGGAGAUACUAUUUAUUUGCAUUUUAGAAACGUUUAGCAAAGCUAAUCAUAACAACAGCAGGAAAACAGAAUGCCAAAAAGAUGAAGAUUCAUGCUAGUUUGCUACACAGCGGUGCUCGAGUGGCCAUAGUUGUCUGACCAAAAAAAGGUUGGAACCAUACCCUAGUCGUCCCUAGAUGGAAGCAGUUGCAGCUUAUCAUCACGCUGUUCCAUCACGUGGUCGUCGUGACCGGCUCUGAGACGCUAUAUCCUGGCAUCCAAUAUAGUGGAACCAAAAUGGAGAGGUAGUGAAAAAGAUUACCAUGGCAACGCAUAGAAUGUGACAGAGAGGGCUAGAGUGAAGCGAAAUCUUUCCGAUAUUUCAGCUCGAGGAGGCGAAAUCUUUUUGACGUAUUUCUUUAUAUGAAAUUAAAAACUAACAUUAAAUCUCCUCCAGCUCUAAUCCAAUAGCAGGCCUGUGUUUUGGUAUUAUGAACAACACAGCCAGAGCUGAACAUAAUAUGCCAUGAAGAGCGAGGAAGCGAAGAGUUCGUGUCUGAAACCUUCGGAUUAUGCUUCCAAUCAAAGCAAAUUUUAACUUCGAUUUUACUCCUUCUCGAAGCGUUUUCGAAACACAAAAUCUAUCGGUUUGGUUCGUCGGGUGUAAGUCCUUAGUGAAGCCUUUUAGGAUAAACGGAAUGAAGUGGUUGUUCAAGCCAAGAAGACGAUAAAUUUGUACUUUAGAAGAAGUGGUCCCGGCAGAAAAGAGAUAACAUGACACACCAGACAGCAGAUCACAAUUCUUGCAGACUUUUUAUACAAAGCGUGCAAAAUCGUGGACCGCCAUCAAUUCCUAUAUACUAGUUGUCCCAAAAAAGUUACCAGGACAAACCCGUUUUAAUUAUAAAUAACAAGAGAAGAGAAAAGAGAGAGAGAGAAAGAGAGAGAUGAUCAGUUUUAUCAAAGUGUGAUAAGUGAGCUAGUGAUUAUAAAGAGAGAUGUUUGAACAAAAAAUUUGCAAAAGGUUUAUAAAAAGCGUAUAGAAAAGACGAUGUUCGUUCAAUUUGGAAGGAUCGCGAGGACCAAGCCGUAUUUGUGAGCUCUUGGUUUCGUUGGACGCAUUAAACGUGUUAGCGAAAUAAAAAAAAUAAUAAUGUUUUUUGAAAUUCCUA